AUGAAAUUCACCACUACCUUUUCCUUAGCCGCUUUGUUUGCUUCCUUGGUUGCUUCAGCCGAUGUUCCUCAAUCAGAAAUUGAUUUCUUCACUGCUUUGGUCGGUGAUUAUCAAGACCACAAAACUGACUACAUUAAAUACUUUGCUACUGCCAAGGAUAUCCCAGCUGAAUUGCUGACUAUCGCCACCAAAGUUUUGACUUACCAAGAUGAUUCAUACACCACCUUAUUGGAAAACGACUCCCUUGAUGUCAAAGCCAUUGAAAGUUAUGUUACCGAAUUGCCAUGGUACACCAGACUUCAAGAAGCCGUCGCUGGUGCUGCCUCAGGUUCUGCUUCUGCCGAAGCCUCCGAAUCUGCUGAAGCUUCUGAAACCGCUUCUGCUUCUGAAUCUGCUUCCGAAUCUGCUUCUGGUUCUUCUUCAGCUUCUAAAUCUUCUUCUGCUUCUAAAUCUGCUUCUGCUUCCAGUUCAGCUUCUAAAUCUGCUUCUGCCUCCAGUUCAGCUUCUAAAUCUGCAUCUUCUUCCGCUUCUGCUUCUGCUUCUGAAAGUGCCACCUCCAGUGAAACUUCUGCUGCUCAAGCUAACGGUGUUCUUGCUCCAGUUGGUGCUGCUUUGGGUGCUUUGGCUCUUGCCUUGUUCUAA